GCAACUUUUUCCAAAUGGCCCCCGAGGCUCCACGGCUAUUUUUCGUGUUCGCCGUCGCUGCGACAGACCGCAGCUCGUCGCGCAGCUGGACCACGGACCCCAGGGACUCACUCGACAGUGCACCGAAACUGUUUGGUUAUGACCUUGUGGUUUUCCCAGCGGUGAUUUUCCCCCGAUGUUAUGGCGAUUCCGAGGGUGAAAACGUGCAGCUCGGACACGAUGAAUGAAAUAGGUAAAGCGGAGAACGCGAAGCCCGCACUGAGGAAGACCGGCAGACCCUCGGGGAUCAUUGGGGUCAAGAGCAAAAUCCCGAAACACGAGAAGCCAGGUUCAGCUGCGGUCACGACGUCCGCAGGAGAGGCGAUCGCGUCCAAGAGUCAGGACAGCGGCAACAAACGGGCCCUGGAGAACCAGUUCAACACCAAGCGAAAGCAUUACGCUACUCUAAGAAAAGAGAUCGACGAGAAAGAAAAAUACUGCCUGACGAUGUACGAGGAGAUCCAGCAGCUGAGGGAGAAGAUGAUGGCAGGUGGCGGAAAGGAUCCAGUGGCCCAGGAGCUGCUGCAAGCGCCCGCCACAGCCAGCUUGGACCUGUUGACGGAGUUCGAGACUAGUCUGAGCUCCAUUCCGGACACAUGGCUGGGAGUGUGUCGAGAGGCGCUGGAGAAGCGGAACGCAAAGUUGCUCAGCUGGAUCGAGACUCUCGAACCUGCUGAUGGAACCACCUCGGACAGCCUGAAAGAAGAGCUGACACAGCGCAUCGCGAGCUUCGACUGGAACGAGGAAUCGGCGGAACUGUCCGAGCAGCUGCGCGAACAGGUUCAAAAGAUGAGUCAACUCGUGCAGAGGUUGAGGCUUCAACUGGAGCGGUCCAAGUGCGGAGGCGACUCGACGGAGAAGGUGGACAGAGCCGAGAGGGAACGGGGCCUCAAGACUCGGGCUAGGGUCAGGGAACUCGAGACUCAACUGCGCGAACUCCAAGAGAAGCUCAAGCAGAAGGAAACGAGCCUCGAGUUGAAGAGCAAGGAACUGCACAAGUGCCAGAAGAGCAACGAGGCGGCACGAGGAGAGAUCGCCAAAGUCGACAAGCAGCGGGAAAAUCAGGAGUCCAAAUUGGCCAAACUGAAGCAGGAAGUUGAAUCCAAGGACAAGGAAUCGCGAGAACUCAUAGCUCAGUACAACAAGCAAGUUCAGCAUCUGCAGCAGGAGCUGGAGGACGAGAGGAAAACGAGGCAGGAGCUCCAGUCCCAGUUUGACCAGUUCAAAGCGAGGAACGUAAAGCUGGAAGAAAAGUGCCAACAGUUGCUCGAGGUUCAGGAAAAGGAGAAGAAUGUCCUGUCUGUUGACGGCCAACACACGGAAUACGAGAUCCAGUUGUUCGACGAGCUGAGAGAAACUCAGAAAAUCUUGGCGGAGAAGAGUGAAAUCAUCCGAAAGCUCGAGGCCGAGAGAGAAAAGAUUCUAGCGGCUGCGGUAAACGCCCCCGAGGAUGAGACGGGCAAAACCGACGAGAACUCGAGAGAAAUCAGGCUGGCAGCCGAGUUGCUUACUAAAACCGACGAGCUAGAUACUUUGAGGGACCAAUUCAAGCAACUCCAAAAGAAUUACAGAAGGAUGCAGCAACGAGCCGAGUAUUUCGAGGAAAAACUGAAGGAGAUGAACGAGGUGCAGAAUCAGUUACUCAUGAAGGAGGGCAGCGGCAGCCGAGCAGCCUACGGAGCUCAGGUGAUGCAGCUACAUCAACAGGUCACGGACUUGCGCUCGAGUCUCGCUCAAGCGAACGGACAGAACGUUGAGUUGGAGAAGACCUGUAUGAGGCUCCAGCUGAAGCUGGAACGUUACAAGAGACAUAUGCACAACUUGAAUAAAGAUCGAAAACUCCGAAAGGAGAUGCAGACGCUCCUGCAGCACGAAGAUGCUGGUAUGGUCGGCGCCGAAAGUCAUCUCGAUGUUCAGGUAGAUCAGCUGAUGCAGAACACGGCUGAGGACAUCGAGGAACUCUACGAGGCACUCGAGAAAAAGGAGCUGCAAGUGAUGAAGUUGGAAAAGCUCGUCAAACAGAUGGAACAGCAGGAGGAGUGUUCCCAGGCACAGCGUACUAGGCUAGAAAACAGAAUUGCUAAAUUAGAGCUUGAGCUCAAAGAAGCUCAGCAGACUCAUAGGAAUAGAGGAUUCAGUUUCCUGUGAGGGCAGAUAUUACUUGGAAGAACCACAUUUUUCAGUGUCAAAUUAAUGCAUAUAAAUUUAUUACCUAGUACUUUAAUCAAUUAGCUACAGACUACAGUGUCUUUCAUUAAUAAACUGACUUUUUACAGACAAUUUA